CUUGUUCAUUGACAGUAAAGCGCAACAUUAAGGUGUUUCGGAACUUUUCGUGGAAUCGACAAUUCAAUAUCAACGAUGGCCAGUGGCGGCGAGAAAGAUUCUAAAUCUAAUCCUAAAUAUGAACAGGCCGUCAUAAAUAUGUUGAAAGAAAUGGGAGUCUCAGAUUAUGAACCCGCAGUUGUGAAUCAUUUGAUGAAUUUCGCUUACCGUUAUACAUCUGAUAUACUAACAGAUGCUCGAGUCUAUUCUGCUCAUGCCAAGAAAAAAACGAUUGAUGCAGAUGAUAUAGCACUUGCCAUUAAGAUUAAAGAUGAAACAACCUUUGUAUCCCCUCCAUCAAAAGAGGUCAUUGCUGAAGCAGCUGCAGCAAGAAAUUCAAUGCCUCUUCCAUGUGUUAAGAGCAGUGUUGGUCCUAGACUUCCUGCUGACCGUUACGCCUUAACUUCUACAAACUACCGCUUAAAACCUUCUGCAAAGAGAAAAAUAGUUCAACCAAGAGUAAAUAUUGCAGGUGUCUCACACAUUGGCCAGAGGAAAACUGUUCCUGCUAGUUUCAUUAGGACAAAUCCAGCAUUUGCACAGAGGUUAGGUACAGUGGCAGCACUUCCUAUGUCUAGACCGAUUCUCACCAUUGCAAAGCCGGCAGCGAAGCCUAACAUCCAAGUUACUCAAAGUACGUCUUCAAUUUCAACACCAGCCUAUCCAACAUCAGCUGCUGGAGCAACCGGUACAGUAAUAAAUGUAAGUCCUAUGUCUGUAUCCCAGCUGUUGCCUGCCAAAAUGGCUGGUGCUACUAUUAGCGGCAAUACAAGUUCAUCUACAGAAGUUCCUAAAAGCACAAAACCAACUGUAUGUGAUAAUUAA